UUGUGGUUAUCCUUUAGCGUGUGCACGCAAUCACGCAUCUAUGAAGCGAACGUUAUUUUAUAUGCUGGGUGCAUGCAUAGGUUCGCAUGCAUCCGCCUUCGUACCAGCGGUACCACUAAGUCGGAGAGCAAUAGUGCAACAACGCUGCCUCCAACAUGCGCAAUCUAUGCCAACGGAGCCCCAGCCUGAGCCCCAACCGGACCAACCAGUCCCACCUCGUCGGACGCCGGUGCCGAUGCCCACUGUUGGAGAAGGAAGUGAGCAAAUGGACGUUAUGUCAAGGUUAUUGAAGGAUCGCAUUCUUCUUCUUGGGCAAGAGGUGAACGACGAAGUGGGGAACGUGUUGGUUGCUCAGCUACUUUAUCUGGCGAACGACGAUCCGGAGAAGGACAUUACACUCUACAUCAAUUCUCCGGGAGGUUCUGUGUCGGCGGGCCUGGCGAUAUAUGACACUAUGCAGUUCAUCCCAUGUGAUGUGGCCACGGUAUGCUUCGGAAUGGCGGCGUCAAUGGGGGCGUUCUUGCUUGGUGCCGGCAGCGCCGGAAAGCGCAAGUCCUUGCCCAACUCCCGCAUCAUGAUUCACCAACCUCUCGGCGGGGCUGCAGGGCAGGCUGCCGACAUUGAAAUCCAGGCGAAGGAGAUCUUGUUUACGAAACGGCUGUUAAAUGGCUACAUGUCAGAGUAUACCGACCAACCUGCGGACAAGAUUGAGGAGGACACUGAUCGCGAUUUCUUCAUGACUCCCAUUGAAGCGAUGGAGUAUGGACUUAUCGAUGAGGUUAUCAAGACGAAGACGAGCGAGCUACCGCUGCCGGCGAUGCCAUCGUUGGGGUAGAGGAUGCACUGAGCUCGGUUUGUGACCGGCUCGUCACACUUAUCGUCUGGGCUCGGCAAAAUGUCCGUACGGUCUAUAGGAAACUGUCGUUCCGAAGCCGAGUUCGGCAAAGGACGGAGAAAGUACUCGACACACGGUGUGUGCCAUCGCGCAAAACAUUUGGUGGUUCCGCGUUGUCCUUCCCCGUAUUGGUGCACUUCGGCCACUCAUGUGUGAAUGCACAUACUGUUCAGAAUAAAAUACGAGGUCGGAAACGCAUUUAAGUGGCUCUGGUGGGUCGUUGCAACAAGCACCCUAACCGCCCAGAGAUGAUAUUGCUGUAGGCCACCAACUCCAGUCCCGGCAGGCCCAACUACACAAUUUUGACUUAGCCUGACUAUUUUAUAUGUGGGCAAAGGCAGAGCGAAUAUGAGGCAACUGCAUAGUAAUCCAGAGCAGCCGCGCUGAAUACAUGCACGACGCAACUCUCUCUGACAUCUCCUGAAGGCACUUUUCUGAAGCACCCAGAUCAGCGUAAACAACAGGCAAUCAGCCGCGAAACACAGCAGUCAAUCAUGUGGUACACCAGUCA